AUGAACAAGGGGAAUUACACAGCCGUGACUGAAUUUUUUAUGGUCUGGCUUUCUCAUUCCCCAAGCCUCCUGUUACCUCUUUAUGUGCUCUGCCUGGUGAUGUACCUGGUGAUCCUGUUGGGAAACAGCAUGCUCAUUAUCCUUAGCAUCCUGGAUCCCCACCUUCACACUCCUAUGUAUUUUUUCCUUGGAAACCUUUCCUUUUUGGACAUUUGCUACACAUCCUCAUUUAUCCCUGAAAUGAUGAUAAUUGUUAUGUCUGAGAGAAAAUCCAUCUCCUUCCUUGGAUGUGCCCUGCAGAUGGUUAUUUCUCUUGGAUUGGGUUCCACAGAGUGCAUUCUCCUGGCAGUGAUGGCCUAUGACAGGUAUGUAGCCAUUUGCAAUCCCCUGAGAUACACCAUCAUCAUGAACAAGGGACUCUGUGCCCAAAUGGCUGCUUGUUCAUGGAUAGCAGGGUUUUUGAUAUCUUUGGUACAAACUGUGAUUGCUCUUAUAAACCCUUUUUGUAGGAAUAUUAUUGAACACUUUGCCUGUGAAAUUCUGGCCCUACUCAAGCUUACCUGUGGAGAUAUCUCCCUCAAUGUGUUCAUCAUGACAGCUGCAAGUAUUGUUUUUUUAAUUACCCCUCUGCUGCUCAUUUUCUUAUCUUAUAUUUUCAUCCUCUCCACCAUCCUGAGGAUCAACUCUAGUGAAGGGAGGAAGAAAGCUUUUUCUACCUGCUCAGCCCACCUGACUGUGGUGAUGUUGUUCUAUGGCUCAGCCCUCUUCAUGUACAUGAAGCCCAAGUCCAAGGACAUUAACACAUCUGAUCAGAUUAUUGCGUUGUCCUAUGGAAUCAUUACUCCAAUGAUGAAUCCCAUUAUCUACAGUCUAAGGAACAAGGAGGUAAAAAGUGUUCUACAAAAAUUUCUCAUUAGAAAUUCAAAAAAAAAACAUGAAAAGUUCUAA